UCAGCAGCUUUCUUCGCCACUCUCCUAAUUAGAUUCGUAAACACUUCGACAAUGGGCAAAACCUUCAAGCAGAGACUUCAAAGUCUGUUUUCUUCUUCUUCGAACACGCCUCGACCAGAGCCUGUAGCUUUUAGUACAGUUUCGAGUUCACCACCGUAUUACAAUAAUUCAUGUCUCCCGUACAUCUCAGCAGAUUUGGCCGGAAGUAUUCAGGCCAUUUCUGGGAUUGAUCUAGCCACCGUUUCCCACGUGACACGUUCAAAGGAUACCUUUGUCCCUAUCACACUGCCUGACCCGCCUAAGAAAAUAUCCAUGAUUCGUCGGUUGUGCUGUCGCCCCACACCAGAACCGAAACCAGUAGCCGUCGACGAUGUUAUUGUCCGCGGGACGAUCUGCCAGGACAGUGUUGGACCAUUAUUUGUAAACAGACAGUGCACCACUAUGGCGUAUGAGGCCUUGGCCUAUCAGGCCUUACGGAGUCAUCCGGAAACCUGGACAUCAAAAGACAUCGACACCAUCAUUCGUCUGGGCCAUCGACAACACGCCCGGUUCAGGAUUACAGACAAACUAAGCGCCCAGAUAGAUGGCAAAGUAGGACUUUAUCAACUUCCGGACAAAUAUCGUGUACGUAUGAUCCCAGAAUUCGUAAGUAACGAAACUGAUGACAGAUAUUUGAAAGGGCAGGACAUAACAGCUAGGUAUCUUUCCUGCGUGGAUGGAUGCUUCCAAUACCAUGAAUCAGAAAUAGCAGAAGCGCUUUCUGAAGUAUCUCCAGAAUUCCCAACGUUCAUGACAAAAACAUUCGAACCAAAUCGCCAGGAAGAUGUCAACAUGGUCCUGACGAUUGGAGUACUCUCAGUUGCAGUAUGGAGGAGAAAGGAUGAUAGCAGGUUAUGGCUGUUCGAUAGCCACCGUCGGAGUCCAAAGGGAGACUGCCACUACGCCCCAACGGUGUCAGAACAAUCAGACCCAGGAGCCGCCAUUCUUCGUUCUUUUGAAAACCUUGACGCCCUGGUUGCACACCUAAUUAAACAGCACGGAACCGACUUUCAAUACAGUGCCGCAAUGUUUGGUUAUGAUGUGAAAUAAAUUUCCACAUCAAAGAAAAAUACAAGGACCCGGAUUUAUGGGUAGCGGAUGAGACCACGCCCCAGCAGUCAGGGGCGACAGGAAGAUUGUAGUACACAUCCGAUACUGUAUCUGUAAGGUAGGAGGCGGGAAAGAGUAUUUCUCGGAGGAAAUGGACGAUACGACUAUGUUCUGGUGGCUUGCGAAGAGUAAGAAUGUGUCCUAGAGAUCGGUGACAAGAAGAGAAUGCUUCGGGCAAAGGGGGAAAUAAUUACUGUUCAUAAGAGAGAAAGGAAAGUGAUGCUCAAGUCAUGUUGCUGGCCAGACCUCGUCACGCCAUCCACAAACCUAUGUCUACA